AUGUUAGUAUCUCAACCUAGGUCAGGAUUAUCCUUAUCAUUCCACGAUGUGUCAUAUUACACGAGGACAUACAAAUACGGUAUUUUUCUUAAGGGUCGCACAAAGAUUCUCAACAAUUUAACAGGGAUAUUUAAGCCUGGACUCAACGUCAUUGUCGGUCCUACUGGUUGCGGCAAGACAACUUUCUUGGAUGUCUUGGCCGGCCGAACGGAUCCAUCUCUUACAACUGGGCAUGUCUUUGUAGAUGGAAACGAACGUCCAAGUAAUUUCAAACGAGCACAGCGGAGAGCCUUGAUUUAUAGACAUAUCCGCCUGUUACAGGAAAACUUUGCGAUGGAGUCCUUGACAGUUCGGGAGAACCUCUACUUCUCGGCAGCUCUUCGCUUGCCAACCAGCGUCUCACGAAAGGAGCGGGAUGCUCGAGUGGCCGCUCUCAUUAAGAAGUUGGGACUUUCUGCUGUUGCUGAUGUUAAGGUUGGUUCAGAGCUCAUUCGAGGAAUCUCAGGCGGUGAACGAAAAAGGACAAAUAUUGGUAUUGAAUUGAUAACCGACCCAUGCGUGAUAUUUCUUGAUGAACCGACUACUGGUUUGGAUACCUACACAGCCUCAAAAUUAAUUAAACUCCUCAAACGGUUGACUGUUGAAGGGAGGACGAUUAUUGCAUCGAUCCACCAACCGAACUGGUCAAUCUACAAACUAUUCGAUUCUAUCACACUUUUUUGUAAUGGUCGAGCUAUCUAUCAUGGACCAGCCGGUGACAGCCCACUGAAAUACUUUUGUGACUUAGGUUACAAAAUUAGCACUCACGAGAAUCCUGCGGAUUUCUUUAUGGAUUUGUUGCAUCAAGAACUUCCAUUUGAGGCUAAAAGUCGAUUAGGACUUCCCUUGGAAGGCGAACCAGAAGAGACUAAUGAUGUAGAAUUCACAGAAGGCGCUGAUUUGAUAAGCCGAUUAGCUAUUAGUUUAACUCGAAUCCAUCAUCUUCAACAGCUCUUUGUAGCCUCCACGGAAUGGUCUUCGAGUUCUACCAUCAAUACCACACUGUCACCAUCUGGUGACCAAGACAUCCAUAGUAUUCCCCGAAUCGAUUUAUCCUCCCUUUCUGAUGAUGCCUUUGUCUUCUACGCCAACUCGCGGAAAUCGCCCUCAGAAUUAAGCGAGAGACGUGAAUUCGAUUUGGAAAAAGGAAUUUUCAACAACCUCGAUCCCAUUCCUUCCUAUCGUCAAUUUGCUGUUCUCGCAUCUCGUGGAUUUUUGAAUACUAUAAGAAAUCCCAGAGUUACUGCAGUACCUUUCGUCGGGGUGGCUGUUUUCACGAUGAUUCUUGGAACAGUCUACUUCCGAUUGGGCUCGUCUAGUGAAUCAGGUCUCCAAGAUCGAACUGGUCUUUUCUUUUUCCUUUGUCUCGAAUUGGCAUACUUCAAUGGCAAUGCAGUGGAUAUCUUCAUUCGUGAUCGAUCUCAAUUCAGACACGAACGCGCCUGCGGAUUCUACCGAACCUCGGUGUACUUCCUCGCAAAGUUGUUGUGUGAAGUGAUCCCAAUAAAGCUAGGUCCGAUUCUCUUCUUCUUCCCAAUUCUCUACGCCAUGACCGGCUUGCGGAGGUCCUUCGCAGCCAUGUUCUUCUUUGAAAUAACCUGUCUCUGUAUGGGCACCGCGGCUGCAGGCAUAACUAUGUUCAGCAUCAUCCUAGUCGAUCACGUCUCUCUUGGCUACGCUAUCGCUGGAAUCAUUCUUUCAUUCAUGAUGUCUUUCGGUGGUUUUCUCUUGAACGUGGUAUCGGCAUGGUGGUUAGGGUGGUGUCGUUACCUAUCAAUAUUCUGGUAUACCUACUCCUCAUUGUCUAUCAAUGAGAUCCAAGGAGCUACAUACUGUCCCACGUCAAUAAAUAUCAAUCCAAAGUUUCUCACUAGUCCGUUCAGUCAUGGCAACCUCAGCAGGACUACCUGUGUAAAUGGGAAUGACUUUCUCAUAUCAAAAGGAAUAGUUUUCGAACCAACUUGGCAGAUUUGGAUUAAUCCUCUUGCUCUCGCCGUAUUCUCUUGUGCCAUCUACUUCCUCUGCUAUGUUCGUCUACGUUUGACGAAGCUCUAUUGA